AUGGCCUUUGGUCAGGCAUACCACUCUUCAGCGCCCGUUCCAGCUGAAGUGAAAGAAGGUCAUUUCCUUCCCCCAACGUGGGCACAAAAUGACGACAAACAAGAUUAUGAAAAGGUUAUUGAGGCAUUUGAGCUAUAUGCAACACCAAAAAAGAAUGUGGUAGUUGAAAGGUUUAUAUUUAACAAUCGAGUUCAAUGGCAAGGUGAAAAUUUUGAUUCCUUUUGUACCAAUUUAAGAAAAUUAGUGAAGUCGUGCGAGUUUGGCGAUCAAGCUGCAGAACUUUGUCGAUCUGCUGAAUUGAGUAGGACACAAGCUCAAACAAUUCAAGCUAAAAAUGUUGAUACAAUGAAGCGAUUUUCUCUGCGAUCAUCUAGAAAUCAACAGAACGAUUUUAAUACACAGCAAAGUUCAGCUGAUGCUAAGCCUUCCAAUAAUGAAUUCUCAAGUGAAUCCGGUUGUGCGACUUUAAAGUGCAAGAAAUGUAAUCGUAAACAUAAGAGGUCUGAAUGUCCGGCUUAUGGAAAACACUGCUAUCGUUGUGGAAACCUUAACCAUUUCUCUUCAGUUUGCAAGUCUCGAAAUAUUAGAGAAAUUUCCUACUCAGAGCCAGAGAGAAACAUACACGAAUGA